AUGUCUCCCACCACUCAACCCGAGCCCAUCGCCAUCGUUGGAUCUGGCUGCCGUUUCCCUGGCGGCGCCAACUCCCCAGCUGCCCUGUGGAAGCUGUUGGAGAAACCCAUUGACGUGGGCAGCGACAUUCCGGCAGAUCGAUUCAACACUACAGGCUUCUAUCACAAGGAUGGAACCCACCACGGUACCACUAAUGUUAGACAGUGUUACUUGCUGCAGGAGGAUCUCAAGACCUUCGAUGCAGCCUUCUUUAAUAUCAGCCCCAACGAGGCAGACAGCAUUGACCCUCAGCAACGUCUACUCCUCGAGACUGUGUACGAAGCCCUGGAGGCUGGUGGACACACUAUCGAGGGACUGCGUGGGUCUGACACCGCUGUCUAUGUCGGAACCAUGGGUGUUGAUUACAACGACACCCUCCUCCGUGAUCUCAACACGAUUCCGACCUACUUCGCUACGGGAACGAACCGUGCGAUCAUUUCCAACCGUGUCAGCUACUUCUAUGACUGGCACGGCCCAAGCAUGACCAUCGACACUGCUUGCUCGUCCAGUUUGAUUGCUGUCCAUCAGGGAGUCCAGGCCCUGCGCAGCGGCGAGUCUCGCGUUGCUGUGGCAUGCGGAACCCAGGUCAUUCUCGGACCUGAGGUUUUCAUCUUUGAAAGCAAGAUGAAGAUGCUUUCGCCUACCGGCCGCUCUCGCAUGUGGGACGCCGACGCUGACGGUUAUGCUCGUGGUGAAGCCGUGGCUGCCGUCGUGCUGAAGCGUCUGAGUGAUGCCAUUGCCGAUGGUGACCACAUCGAGGGUAUCAUUCGUGGAACCGGAGCCAACCAGGACGGUUUCUCCAACGGUAUCACCGUUCCCAGCUCCGAGGCCCAGGCUGCUCUCAUCCGUCAAACCUAUGCGAAAGCUGGCUUGGAUUUGAACAACGUCAACGAUCACCCUCAGUUCUUCGAGGCUCACGGUACUGGUACGAAGGCUGGUGAUCCCAAGGAAGCCGCGGCCAUCUUCGAAUGUUUUGGUCAAGAGGCCCGCGACGAGCCGCUGUACGUCGGUUCUGUCAAGACCGUCAUCGGUCACACCGAGGGUGCCGCAGGGUUGGCUGGCCUUUUCAAAGCUCUCGGAAUUGUUCAGAACGGAGUUAUUCCCCCUAACCUCUUGUUCAACAAGCUGAACCCAGCCAUUGAGCCUUUCUACAAGUACCUGAAGGUUCCCACUGCUCUCAGCGAGUACCCAACUCUCGCUGAAGGUGUUCCACGCCGUGUGAGUGUCAACUCAUUCGGUUUCGGAGGCAGCAACGCCCACGCUAUUCUGGAACAAUACAAUGGCCCAGUAGCCUCCGAGGAGUCCGCCUUGGUGCCUGCCUUUGCUCCCUUUGUCUUCUCGGCCGUUUCCGAGGUCACCCUCAUUGCUCAGCUGGAAGCCUUCUCCAAGUACCUUGAGGCGAACGAGGAUGUCAACCUCUCUGACCUGGCCUUUACACUUCACGCGAGAAGGAGUCAGUUGGCUGUCAAGACAUCAUUUGCUGCCUCUUCUGCCGCACAGCUCAAGACGAAGAUCGACGAGAAGAUCGCAGAAGCCAAGGCUAACGCCAGUAAGCCCAUUGGUGUUCGCGCCAACUCCAAGCUUGUAACUCCUGGUAUUCUCGGUGUCUUCACCGGUCAAGGUGCUCAAUGGGCUGGCAUGGGCGCACAUCUUAUCCGCUCAUCGGAGUUUGUCAGCAAGAUCGUUGCUGAUCUCGAGGACUCACUCAACACUCUCCCUGAGGCUGAUCGACCUGAGUGGAGCCUCCGCGAGCAGAUGCUUGCUGGAGACGACACUUCUCGUAUUGCGGAGGCCGAGCUGAGCCAGCCGCUGUGCACCGCCCUGCAAGUCAUCUUGGUCGAACUUCUGAAGACCGCUGGUGUCGCCUUCACCGCCGUUGUUGGACAUUCCUCUGKAGAGAUUGCUGCCGCGUACGCUGCUGGACUUCUUUCGGCACAUGAUGCCAUUCGCGUAGCGUACUACCGUGGUGUGCACACUAAGCAAGCCGGCUCCGCCACCGGCCAAAAGGGUGCCAUGUUGGCUGCUGGUACUUCCUGGGAGGAUGCAGAGGAACUCGUCAACCUCCGCGCAUUCAAGGGCAAGAUCGCAAUUGCUGCACACAACUCCCCUGCGAGUGUCACACUGUCUGGAGACAUGGAUGCCAUCGUUCACGCGAAGAAGGUCUUCGACGAGGAGAAGAAGUUCGCCAGAAUGUUGAAGGUCGACAAAGCCUACCACUCUCACCACAUGGUUCCUUGUGGCGAUGCCUAUGUCAAGUCCUUGAAGGACUGUGGAGUCAAGGUCAACAUGAACGCGGACAACUCUUGCWCGUGGUUCUCAUCUGUGACCCCAAGCGACAAGGCAGUCGUUGCCUCAGAGGAUCUUGAGGGUAUCUACUGGAGGGACAACAUGACAAACGCAGUCCUCUUCGCCGAUGCUGUCAAGAACGCCGUCAACAGCGAUCCAUCCAUUACCUACGGUCUCGAGGUUGGACCACACCCUGCGCUGCAAGGUCCUGCCUCCCAGGUUAUUGCCGAUCUACGACCCAACGGCCUCCCCUACUCUGGUCUUCUCAGCCGUGGUAAGAACGACAUUGAGUCCUUUGCACAAGCUCUUGGAUUCCUGUGGACCCAUCUCGGCACACAGGCCGACAUCCAGUCUUACAUCAGGGCGGUCGCUCCUUCGUUGCGACCAAAGCUUGCCAUUGGUCUCCCACGCUACCAGUGGAACCACUCAAGAAUCCACUGGCAUGAGUCUAGGAAGUCUCAGAAGAUGCGUGGCCGAAGCGAUCCUUUCCACGAGUUGCUCGGAGUCCUUUCGCCAGACUCUAACUCUCACGAUUUGCGCUGGUCUAACGUGAUCAAGCCAUCUGAGAUCGCAUGGUUGGACGGCCAUCAAUUGCAGGGCCAGACAGUUUUCCCGGCUGCCGGUUAUGUGGCCAUGGCACUCGAGGCAGCUCGCUACCUUGCUGGAGACAAGCCUGUCGAGGUCGUCGAACUUCAGAACUUGACCAUCCCAAGGGCCAUCACAUUUGAGGAAGACGACAACGGUGGUGUUGAGACUCUGAUCACCCUGACAGGUAUUACUACCAAGCAAGGUACCACCACGGCCGACUUCUCCUGUUACUCGUGCCCCGGCUCUGGUACCGACCAGGAAUUGGAGCAAAUGGCCAGUGGAUCCGUUAACAUUGUUUACGGCAACCCGGACAUGGAAGCUCUGUCGUCUUCCCUUCUCGACACAUCCAACAUGGCAAACGUUGAUACCGAUCGCUUCUACAGCUCUCUUGGAAAGCUGGGCUACGGCUACUACGAGACUUUCCGUGGAAUGUCGGAAAUGAAGCGUCGCUUCAACCAGUCGUCGGUCAUGGUCGACACUUAUCCCUACUCCGACGUUGACACCACCGUGUACUGGGUUCACCCAACUUGGCUCGAUGUUGCUUUCCAGGCAUCUAUGCUUGCGUACUCCGCUCCAGGCGACGAGCACCUCUGGUCUCUGCACGUCCCAACGUCUAUCCGCAGCAUCAGAGUCAACCCAGAGGCGUGCAAUGCCCUGCCGACUACUGCAUCCAAAAUUCCUGUCUGCGCGACCCUUGAUGGACCAGGCGAGUUCCAUGCUAGCAUCGAUCUUUUCACCGAGGACGGCGAGUAUGCCAUUGUUCAAGUCGAGGAUCUCACCAUCAAGCCUUUCGCUCCUGCAGGCAAAGCCGACRACAGACGUUUGUUUUCAUACACAAAGUUCGACGUGGCAUCGCCCGAUGGACCGUCCAUCGUCGGCGAUGUGCGCCCAUCGGCCGAGGAGAUCGAGCUCGCGGUUGUCUGUGAGCGGGUGUCAUACUAUUACCUCCGCAAAUGGAAGGCAGAAAUCACUGAGGAAGAUUGGAAGUCUGGUGCGGCACACCACAUGCACCUGAGGGAGUACAUGAACCACAACAUUCAGCGAGCAGCCUCCGGCCGUCACCCAUGCUUGAAGAAGGAGUGGGCUCAAGAUACCGCCGAGGAGAUUGAGGCUUUGAUUGAGGAGUACUCUCACGCUAUCGACAUCAAGUUGAUCGCCGCCGUCGGCGAGAAUAUUCCUGCUGCAGUGCGGGGAGACACCACAAUCCUGGAACACAUGUUGCCCAACAACAUGCUUGACGACUUCUACAAGCAGGGUCUCGGAUUUGCCCGAUACAACUCUUUCUKGUCGAGCAUGAUGAAGCAGUUCGUCCACCGCUACCCCCAUGCGAAGAUUCUCGAGAUUGGUGCUGGAACUGGUGGAGCUACCAAGGCAGUAUUGGGAGCCAUGGGUGACACCAUGUCCUCCUAUACCUACACCGACGUUUCUGUUGGUUUCUUCGAGAAGGCCGGCGAGAUGUUCAAGGCCUACAGCGACCGCAUGACCUUCAAAGUGCUGGAUGUGGAGAAGCCUCCCACCUCGCAGGGCUAUGAGGCGGGUGUCUACGAUGUUAUCAUCGCAUCCAACGUCUUGCAUGCCACGGAGUCUCUUCAGAAGACGCUGGAACACACACGCUCCCUUCUCAAGCCUGGUGGUUACCUCAUGCUGCUCGAGAUCRCUAACAACGGACCCAUCCGCUUCAGCAACUUGAUGGGUGGUCUUUCUGGAUGGUGGGCUGGUGUUGACGACGGAAGGAAAUAUGCACCAACCAUUACCCCUGGAGAGUGGCACUCUGCCCUGCGCAAGGCAGGCUUCGCUGGUGUUGAUGCUGUAACCCCUGAGGUUGACGCUUUGGCCUGGCCUUUCUCUAUCAUUGCUUCGCAAGCAGUGGAUGAUCGCGUCAACUAUCUGCGACGACCACUUGCCGCCAAGAAGAACCCCGUCAACCUUGACAGUGUUGUCAUUCUCGGCAACGAAAGCCUUGAGACUUCCAAGAUCGCCGAAGAGCUUGAAGAAAGCCUUGGACGUUACUGCCAGAAGGUUACUGUCCUCAGUGGCCUACCCACCGACGCCGAGGCGCUGGAACUGGAUCCUAUGUCUACCUUUGUCAACUUGGUUGAUCUUGACACUCCGAUCUUCAAGAACGUCACCGACGAGAAGAUGAAUGGCCUCAAGCGAGUCUACGAAUUGGCUCGACACAUGCUCUGGAUCACCAAGGGAGCUCAGAUCGAGGAGCCUUACCACAUGGCCUCUAUUGCCUUCAGCAGAGCCAUGAGCCACGAAGCAGGACACAUCAACAUGAGCCACCUCGAUGUUUCAGACUUCGGAAACAAUGUUUCCAAGGUCAUUGCCGAAUACCUGCUGCGACAGGUCGCUCUCGACGAGUGGGCAGUGGCUGGAGAGACCAAGGACAAGCUUCUCUGGUCGAUCGAGCCCGAAGCCUUCCUCGACCAGGGCACUCUCAAGAUUCCUCGCCUCGUGGACAGCGUCGACUGCAACGCCAGACUGAACUCAUACAAGCGCACCAUUACAAAGACUGUGCCGGUCUCCAGCGCCAAUGUGCACAUUGAGCAGUCUGCCACUUCGCAGCCCGCUCUGGUGGAGCAAGUUCUCUCUGCCAAGGCAAAGGAUGGCGAGAGCCUCGUGAACAUCGAGUCUUCCAGUCUGAAGGCACUCCACGUUGCCGCAGACACAUUCCUGUACCUCGGCGUAGGCAAGGACCAGGAGACAAAGGAGAGUGUUGUUACUCUAUCUGCUUCCAACGCCAGCCGAAUCGUUCCAGUCGCAACUGCAAAGAUCGAUGCUGUGGGCUCGCCAGAAGGCCUUCUCACUGCUGUCGUAAGCGAAGUACUCUCUGUAUCCCUGAUUGACUCUGUCCACAUUGGAAGCCAGGUUCUUGUGCAUCUGGAGACGAAGGAUCGAUACCUUGCGGAGGCCUUGUCCAGGCGGGCAGCUGCCAAGGACAUCAACCUGACCUUCACUAUCGACACUGAACACGAUGAUGGCAACCUCCCCGAAGAGUGGGUCACUCUCAGUGCUCGCGCUCCUCGUCAAGUCAUCCGAAAGGUUCUCUCCGCCGCGAAGCCAACACACUUCUUGGAUCUCACCAAGCAAAGCCGGGGUAACGUGAGCGAGCUCAGCACAACCAUCUCCGCAGUCCUACCCGUGAGCUGCAAGCAGAUCGAUCCAUCUGAGCUGUCCCGCGACAUUGCCACUCAUGCAUACACCUCGGCCGCAGGUAGUCAACUGCUUGGAGCUCUGUUGGAAGCUGUCAUAGCCGAAGUAGAGGAGGUUGAGCAAUUCGAAGACCUGGUCAGCGAACUUGCGGACAUCCAAAACGGGCCAAACCACGCAACCGCCAUCGUCGCAUGGCCACAGAGUGGAGACGUUUCUGUCGAAGUCCGUCCUCUUGAGGCCGAGCAUCUUUUCUCGGGCGAGAAAACCUAUGUUCUCUUUGGUCUCAGUGGUGAGAUUGGACGCUCGAUCACCGAGUGGAUGAUCCAGAACGGUGCUGGAAGUGUCGUUUUGACCAGUCGUAACCCCAAGAUCAACGAUGAGUGGCUGGAAUCUUUCGAAGGCACCGGCGCAUCGGUCAAGGUGGUUGCAUUGGACGUCACCAACAAGCAAAAGCUCGAGGAAGUCAUCGAGGAGAUCAGAGAGACUUGCUCUCCCAUCGGUGGUGUCGUCAACGGUGCCAUGGUCUUGCACGACUCUCUCUUCUCUGGCAUGUCCACAGAAAUCAUGCAGAAGGUCCUCGGUCCUAAGAUCGAUGGUACCAACAACUUGGACGAACUGUUCUACGACGAGCCACUUGACUUCUUCGUCAUGUUCUCAUCGUCGGCUUGUGUCAUUGGUAACUCCGGACAGUCCAACUACGCUGCAUCCAACGGCUACUUGAACACUCUGGCCAGACAGAGACGCCAGCGUGGAUUGGCUGCUUCUGUUGUUGAUAUCGGACGUGUCGCCGGUAUUGGAUACGUCGAGACUGCUGGCCAGGCUGUCAUUGACCAGCUUACUCGCUUUGGUCUCAUGGCUAUCUCUGAGUCUGAGUUUCACACCAUGUUCGCCGAGACGAUCCGGGCUGGAUACCCAGCUGCGACAGACAAGGACUCAAUUCCUCACGCUGUUGUCACCACCGGUAUCCGUACCAUCCGUGACGAUGAGGACAUUGGUGGCCCAUGGUUUGAGAACCCUCGCUUCUCACACUGUAUCAUCGAGACAAAGAGCUUGUCGUCGAAUGAUGCGCAAGCGGGAACCAAGACGUCGCUUCCAGUCACAGAACAGCUCUCCAAGGUUACGACCAUGGAAGAGGCACUUGRGGUGCUCAAAGAAUGCUUUGUUAACAAGUUGCGGGUCAUCUUGCAAUUGGGCGACCAGGAAGUGGACCAUGACGCUCCCCUCGUCGAGCUCGGUGUUGACUCCUUGGUUGCGGUCGAAGUCCGAUCCUGGUUCUUGAAGGAGCUGAAGACGGACAUUSCAGUGCUGAAGGUGGUCGGAGGUGCAUCGCCAGCAGAGUUGUGUGAGCUCGCCUUGAAGAAGCUGCCCGAGACACUUCUCCCAGGCAUCGGAGGUACACCCGCGCAGGAUACGCCUAGACCCGUCGUGAAAGCCAUUGCAAAGCCCGUUGUAGCGCCGAUUGUAGCACCUGUCGCAGUGCCUUCUGUCCCACCUCCUGCAGCGCCUAUUGCGAAGCCUGUUGAGGUGGCUGCUCCACCACCUGUUGUAAAGGCGGUUCCAGCAGCCGUCGCAAAGGCUGCUCCUGCGCCAGUUGAGAAGAAGGUCGUUCCAGCUCCCGUUGAGAAAGCUACGCCAGCACCUGUUGCUAAACCAACUGCGAAACCUGUCGCGAAGCCCGUAUCGAAGGUCAUCCCCAAGCCAACAACGAAGCCUGUCUCUAAGCCGGUAGCGAAAUCUCUCGCAAAGACCACUGCUGCCGCACCCAUUACGAAGCCCACCGUUGCCGCUACACAGUCUGCGCCAAAGGUCGCCGAGUCCCUCAAGCCGAGAUCAAUUGUGACAAACAAGACCUCAUCAACCACGCCUUCCAACACUUCUGCGGACAAGACCAGCAAGACAGUCAAGCCUGUAGCAGCCACACCUGCCAAAGUUGUCGCCCCACGUCCAGCUAUUGUGAAGCGUCCGGUCGCUGCGUCCAAGCCAGUUGUCAAAGCUCGCCCAAAAACCUUUUUGAAGACCGAGCCGCUCUCAUUCGGGCAGUCUCGCUUCUGGUUCUUGCGUCUGCUGCUCGAAGAUCAGACCACAUCUAAUGUUGCCUUUUACUACCACAUCGCCGGUAACCUGCACUUUGGCAAGAUGGAGAAGGCCAUUCGCACCGUCACUGCAAGACACGAGUCGCUGCGCACUUGUUUCAUCGAGGAUGAAAACAGACCAGACCAGGCCUUCCAAAAGGUGAUGAGCAGCUCUCCCCUGAGACUGGAGCGCAAGUCGAUCUCGUCCUUUGAUGAAGUCCUGGUUGAGUAUGCCGAACUCCAGAAACACGUCUUCGAUCUGGCGAGUGGUGAUCUGGUCCGAUUGCUUAUCCUGUCGCUUUCGCCUACAUCCCAUUACCUUUUGGUCAACUACCACCAUAUCGUCAUGGACGGAGUCAGCUUUCAAAUCUUCCUCUCCGAUUUGGAGAAGGCGUACGAUGGCAAGCCUAUGGGACCACUGCCGCAGCAAUAUCCAGAUUUCACCGCCGCUCAGCGGAAAGCAUUCGAAACUGGCGGCAUGGAUGCUGACGUCAAGUAUUGGAGAGAGAUGUUCCCAGCAGGUGAACAACCACCAGUCUUGCCGCUGUUACCCAUGGCUCGAGUCAGCUCACGAGGAGCAAUGAAGAAGUUUGGUGUUCACCAGGUUGGUGCCCGAAUGGAUGCCGACUUGGUUGCCCGCAUCAAGACUGUGUCCAAGACGCAGCAAUCAACUCCCUUCCACUUCUACCUCGCGGCAUACAAGACUAUGCUGUUCUGCUUUACACAGGCCAAAGAUCUCACCAUUGGUAUCGCCGAUGCCAACCGCCUCGAUAGCGAGGUCAUGGGAAGCAUUGGAUUCUUCCUGAACCUGCUUACCCUCCGAUUCAAACACAACGACGAACAACCAUUCGGGGAUGCAAUCGCCGAAGCUCGCAAAGCAACACAUGGGGCUCUCGAGCACUCGCGUCUUCCAUUCGACGUAAUGCUUGCCACAUUCAACGUUGAACGCUCUUCUACCCACAGUCCUUUCUUCCAGGCCUUCUUCGAUUACCGACAGGGCGCCCAGGAGAAGCAUCCUUGGAGCAACCUGCAGUUCGAGUUCCAGGAAGUGCACCCAGGCAGAACCGCUUACGACAUCACGCUGGACGUGACUGACGGUGGAAACGGUUCUCUAAUCAUGCUCCGGGCACAGAAAGCCCUCUAUGAUCUCACUGCCGCCGAGCUUUUGCUGGAAACGUAUACUCAUUUCUUGGAAAUACUGUCCAGAGAUCCUAAGCUUCUCCUCAAGGACACGCCGUUGUUCAGUCCAAAGCAACGCUCUCGCGCUGCUGAGAUUGGUCGAGGUCCGAAGUUGGUGUCUGACUGGCCAGGCACACUGCCACUCCGCAUCGACCAGAUCGCGCAGCAGAACGCAGGAAAGAUUGCACUCAAAGAUGGCUUUGGCAGCAACCUCACCUAUUCGGAUCUGAUCAACCGCAUCCAAGCUAUCAGCGAAGAGCUCCAGAAUGGCGGAGUCGUUGCUGGGUCCAGGGUGCUUGUUUUCCAGAAAGCGGCGUCUGACUGGGUCUGCUCCAUGCUUGCUAUCAUGCGCCUGGGAGCCGUAUACGUGCCGCUAAACCUAAGGGAGCCCCUGCCGCGCCUGGCAUCCGUGGCUGUAGACUGCGAGCCGAAGGCAGUGCUCGUUGACGAGUCAACUUUGGGUGACGCAUCGCAGCUCAAUGUGCCCAACGCGCUCGUUAUCGACGUGUCUUCGGUCAAAAUGAUCCCCUCGGCCACAGUCGAGAACGUCUCGAAGCCAGAUGCUGUUGCAGCCAUUCUAUACACCAGCGGUUCUACCGGAACUCCAAAGGGCAUCUCAGUAACCCAUUCCGGUCUGCGAAACGAGAUCGAAGGCUACACCAAGACCUGGGGAUUGCGCGCAGAGAACACCCUACAACAGAGUGCCUUCACCUUCAAUCACUCCUCUGACCAGAUCUACACUGGUUUGUCCAAUGGUGGAACAGUCUACGUUGUUCCUUGGGACAAGCGUGGUGAUCCGAUUGAGAUCACCAACAUCAUUCAAGAGCACAACAUUACUUACACCAAGGCAACGCCAUCAGAGUACGCUCUUUGGAUGAAGUACGGAGGCGACAAUUUGCGAAAGGCAGACAGCUGGCGAUUUGCAUUUGGCGGCGGUGAAGUCCUCACCAAAGCCGUCACGGGCGAGCUCGCCAAUCUCGACCUGCCAGGACUCCGUUUCUUUAACAGUUAUGGUCCAACGGAGAUCAGUAUUUCAUCAACAAAGAUUGAGAUUGACUACCGCGACAAAGAGCUUGGACAAGAUCGAAUUCCCUGUGGAUACUCGCUUCCCAACUACCAGAAGUAUAUUCUGGAUGAACAGCUGAACCCACUUCCAGCGGGCAUGCCCGGCGAGUUAUAUAUUGGCGGUGCCGGUGUCUCUCUUGGAUACCUGAACAACGAGGAACUCACGAACCACCAUUUCUUUCCCAACAAGUUCGCCAAUGCCGACGACCUGUCGAAUGGCUGGACACGAAUGUACCGCACCGGAGAUAUCUGUCACCUACAGAGCGAUGGCGCCAUGGUGUUCCACUCGAGAACAGCGGGAGAUUCACAAGUCAAGAUCCGUGGUCUUCGUAUCGAGCUGUCGGACAUUGAAAGCACCAUGGUGUCUGCGUCCGACGGAGUACUGGCUGAGGCUGUAGUCACCCUACGUGAGGGCGAUCCAGGAUUCCUUGUCGCUCACGUCGUGUUCGAUCCAAAGCACAGCGUCGCCGACCAAGAUGCCUUCUUGGAGCACCUCUUGACACGUCUUGCUCUUCCGCAGUACAUGGUUCCCGUUGCAGCAUUCGCUCUCGACAAGCUUCCUCUGACUGCCCACUCCAAAGUCGACCGCAAGGCUCUCAAGAACAUGCCGCUUCCGCAGCGGAUCAAGCAAGCUUCUGAGGAUAUCGAGAUGAGCCAAACCAUGAUACAGCUGAAGAGUGUAUGGGAGCAAGUCCUAGACUUUGAGAGCAAAGAUCUGUCAUUCGACAUAACGCCCUCGACCAACUUCUUCCUGGUUGGUGGAGACUCCCUGUUGGUCAUCCGACUCCAGGCGCAGAUUCGUCAGACCUUUGGCGUCGUCGUCCGCCUGGUCGAUCUUCUCGGAAACACCUCUCUGAACCGAAUGGCAAGCAAGAUUGAAGAAGCAUCCAGCGCAAAGGCCAUUGAAUGGGACCAGGAAACGACUCCCCCAUCCGUUCCGGAAUUCCUUGCGAAGGUGCCGACUUCGUCUCCCAUCAAGAAAGAAUCCCUCACUGUACUCAUCACAGGCUCAACUGGAAAUCUCGCCAAGACACUUCUACCACAGCUCUGCGCCGACCCCAACAUCAGCACCAUCCACUGUGUGGCUGUAAGGGACGUCAAGAAACUCCCAGAAUCGUCAAAGAUUGUGUCGCACGUCGGCGACUUGACAGCUCCGCUCCUUGGACUGACAGAGCAAGACUUCUCCGCGCUGUCAAGUCAAGUCGACGUGGUUCUGCACUUGGGAGCCGCGAAGAGCUUCUGGGAUCCUUACCAUGUGCUCAAGGCAAGCAAUGUACAGUCAACGWAAGAGUUGAUCAAACUUGCGGCUCCCCGCAAAGUGCCAAUUCACUACAUCUCAACAAUUGGAGUCUUCCCAGGCGAGUCCACCGACGCAGUCUCGGCUGCUGCUUUCACCCCUCCCGUCGACGGCAGCAACGGCUACGUCUCAUCCCGAUGGGCAUCCGAGCAGCUCCUGGAGCGCUCAUCCGUAAGUUUGGGAGUACCCUCAUCAAUCUACCGCUUCCUUCCCGCGGCCAAACUCGACUCACCAAAGGACGUCCUGGACGAAUUCGUCCGCUUCGUCGACAUUUCCGGUCUCAUACCCGAGAUGAGCGACUGGGAGGGCCGCAUCGAUAUGAUUCUUGCCGACAAAGCUGCCAAGUGGAUCCAUGGUUCCAUGUCCAGCAGUAGUAGUAGUUCUACGCAGUUCUCACACCUGGAGAGUCCGGCGGCUAUUGGCGUCGCUGCACUGCGURACUACCUCAGCGAGCAACGUGGAGACCGUAAGCUUGAGAGUAUGCCUGGUCUUGCAUGGAUUGGACGGAUCAAGGCGCUUGGUUUCCCGUACUUCUUGACUUCGCAACAGGCAACGGUUGGAGGUAGUGCAGACGGCGCGGCGUUGGAGUCGAGGAGAUAG